AGGGGAAAGAAAGUCUAUCUAUCCGCAUCGGCCAUUCUUCGACCGCGGCCACUACUUUUGAUCUCCGCAUGGCCGCCUCUUACGCGGCUCUCCUUCUCCUUCCCCUUCCUCCCACUGGCUGCUCCGCCGUCCGACGCGCUUCCGUACGCUGCGGCGUCGGCCCCACCUCGUCUCCGGCGCCCCGGCAAGGUCUGGGAAGCAGAAGGCAGUGCCUCCUCUUCCUCGCCCUCUCCUCUGCCGCUCUCCCUUUCCCGGCUAGGUCAGCGGACAUACCACUCUUCGGGAUCAGGAACAGGAUAAAGAAGAUCGAGGAGGAGGCAGAGGAGAUCGUGGGGAAAGGGGAGAAGGCCCUGCAGAAGGGCAUCGAGGCGGCGGAAAAGGGCAUCGUGGCGGCGGAGAAGGAGAUCCAAGCAGCGGAGGAGGGGAUAGUGGCGUCUUCCAGCCUCGGCGUCGCAGACAAUCUUCUCCAGGCCGGCGCGGUCGCCGGAGCCGAGGCACUCGGGGUGCUCGUCGCGGUCUCCGUUGUCAACGGCAUUCUCGCGGCGGAGAGCUGAAACCCUAAUCGGGUUCACGUUUGUCUUUCGAGCCAUCGGGUAUGUGUGGAAUUCUGUAACUACUAUGUUAAUUCCUUAAUUUGAGCGAUUCUCGUAGCCUAAAAUUACGCUUCAAGCUGUAUGAAUGAAGUAACUGUGUUUCUUCGCUUGCAGCAAAGAAUCGUAGAUUUUUUUAUUA